CAUAGCAUGAUGGUUACUGAUGUGGAGAUGAAGACAGACACAUUUCCUCCUCACAAGAAAAGUAAACCCAGAUACGAACUUCCCUGGAUAGAAAAACACAGACCUCGAUACCUUCCGGAAAUAGUGGGAAAUGAAGAGACAAUAAAGAGAUUACAAGUAUUUUCAGAGCAGGGUAACCUUCCAAAUAUCAUUAUAGCCGGCUCACCUGGUAUUGGUAAAACUACCACUAUACUCUGCCUUGCUAGAGCUCUUCUCGGGCCGGCAAUGAAAGAAGGUGUUUUGGAACUGAACGCGUCGAAUGAGAGAGGGAUUGAUGUGGUCAGGAACCGGAUUAAAAUGUUCGCUCAGAAGAAAGUUACACUCCCACCAGGUCGUCACAAGAUAGUGAUUCUAGACGAAGCAGAUUCCAUGACAUCUGCAGCCCAGGAAGCCCUCCGAAGAACUAUGGAAAUAUACUCCAAAACUACUCGGUUUGCGCUGGCGUGCAAUAGUUCUGAUAAAAUUAUAGAACCCAUACAGUCGAGAUGUACAAUGCUCAGAUACUCGAGAAUAACAGACGCUCAAGUGCUGAGGAGGUUGCUGGAUAUCUGUGAAGCUGAGAGUGUGGUUAAGACAGAUGACGGUUUAGAAGCAGUCAUCUUCACCGCUCAGGGUGACAUGCGACAGGCUAUAAAUAACCUACAGUCCACACAUCAGGGUUACGGGAUAGUUAACAGUGCAAAUGUUUUCAAAGUUUGUGACGAACCUCAUCCCCUUCUUGUAAAAGAUAUGAUCAAACACUGCACGUCGGAAGAUAUAGACGAGGCCUAUAAGAUACUCCACUCUUUGUGGAAGCUGGGUUAUUCUCCUGAAGAUAUUAUUAAUAACGUUAGAAAGGUGUGCCAGACAUUUGACAUGCCGGAGUACAAGAAGCUGCUCUUCCUCAAGGAAAUAGGUUACACUCACCUCCGGAUCACACAAGGAGUCAACUCCCUCCUCCAACUCAGUGGCAUGCUCGCUAGACUCUGUCGCGUAAGCGCCGCUAAGAGCAUGACCCAAUAACUGGUUGGCAGUUGCGACGCGCGCUGCAAGUUUAUCACACAUGGAAAUUGGACCUGGGUUACAUUGUGUGCGCACUAACAUCCUGUAUGAUAUUUAAUUAUAGGCCCCCGAUCGGUGAAGUACUCCCGGCAGUGCACAGAACUGUUUUUAAAGUGCAAAUUCUACUUUUUACUUUUUAUUUAUAAUUUCCAAUUUCAUUUCUUUUGAUUUUAACACAAUUUUCGCAAUAAAUGAUCAUUAAUCAUUAAUGAAUUGUGGACUGUUUCUUUGUUCUUGUGCUUAUACUAACUUAACCAUAAAUAGAUGGUACAUAUAUUUAA